AUGAAUUAUGGUGAUAAUCAAGUAUCUCCAAGUGAAUACAAGGAUACCAUUGAAGGAGAAUCUCCAACUCAACAAAAAUUAAAUUUUUAUCCUCCUACACCAUGUAACAUUCAUCCUACUAAUAAUAGUAUUAUUGAUAAGACAGAUUCUGUUAUAUUAAAUAGUUACAAUAGAAGGCAAAGGUUAAAUUUAUUGAGAAAUAGGAUGCGCAAUGAAUUUGGAAAUUCUAACAUUACUGGAGGAGCUAUUACACCCAAUUGUACAGAUGAUGACACAUUAUCAUUAUCUGAAUCAACAUCUUUAGCAUCAUGGGGAAAGAAUUUAUUGAGUGAAAGUGGUAAUAGUUUUAAUAGAAAUGUUUUUGCUUUAGAUUCUAUAUCUACACGCGGUGCUACAAUGGCAUUAAAUAAUUCUUUAUCACCAAAUAGGUCAUUUAUGGAACAACAACAAAUUGCUAAUUAUUAUAUGGAUGGACCAAGGAUGUCACAAUAUCAUGUAGAAAUACCUUCACAGGUUGUUGAAACUAUUUUUGAAGAGCCAAAUAAAACUAGUAUAUUACAACAGGGAAAUUCAACAGAUUUAUCAACAAGUAUUCUGGGAAACACUAUUAUUCAAAGGCCUAUUGAUUUAGCAAUUGAUAAUAAUUCAAUGACAAGUACUAGAAACUCAGAUACAGAAAAAGAAGAUGAAGAUAAAAUAUCAGAAAUGCCUGGGAAAUAUAUUGGUACAUCUGAUUCAAAAGAAUCAAUCUCAACAACAUCAGAUCCUAAUAAUGAAUAUGGAAAAAGACGUGGUCAUGUUAAAACUAAUUCACUUGAUCGUGGACUAUCAUUAGCAAAAGUCAUGAAAAGUGGACCAUUUCCGCCACCAGAUCAGAAAGCAAAUUCACUAAAUAGACAAUGUUCUCCCUCAGAAAUAUUUAAAGUUAUGUGUGAAGAAGAUCAAUUAAAUGACCAGGCGGCUGGUGUAAUUAGUAAAAUAACAUCAGAUUUAUUGAAAGCAGAUUCUUCAAUAAAAUCGUCUGAAACAAAUAGUAUUUCACAGGAGACUAUUAAUAACUAUAGUAAUAUUGAGGAAAUCAAAACACCACCCAUACCUGAUAGAUCACAUUUACCAGUAUUAACAAAACCUAAACCUGUUGUACCACCAAGACCAAAUAGAAAUCCUCCAAAAAUCGAAAAAUCUACUACUGAAAAAUUCACAACAAUUGAAGAAAGAAAAGAACAACUGAAGGAAGAAAAUCAACAAUUAUCACAUAAAGAAAGUGAAAUUAAUAAAAUAGUAGAAGAACCAAUAAUUCCACAAACAUUAUUGUUAGAUACGUGUGAUCCCAUAACAAGGGAUGUUGAAAGGAGAAUGUCAAUGAAGGAACAUACACCUUCAUCGAGCAGAUCAUCAACCUUAGACAAGAAUAUGUCACUUCAACCAACCGUUACACAGGGAGUUCCCGCAACAUUUAGUGCUUUAAAAGAUGCCAAAAAUACUGUUAAAAAUAUUUCUCAUGGUUUAUUAAGGGGUGUCUUUGAUAAAGCAAGGUCAGCUGUCUUUCUUGGUAGAAAUAGUCAUAAAAUAUCAAAAUCUGAUUUUGAAGAGAUGCAUGAAGUUGAAGACGAUUCAACAAAUCCUACAUCUAAUUUUCCUAUAACUGAACAACAACAACCACCAACAACAGCCCCAUCACCAAUUCAAAUAUGUCGACCAAAAAAUAGUAAAAAAGGUCCUUUUGAUUUUAGUGAUGUUAAACUUGUCCAACAAAUUAAUAAUGAACAUUCUGGUGCUAUAUGGGUUAUUAAAUUUAGUGUUUGUGGUAGAUUGAUAGCUACUGCUGGUAAAGAUGGUAUAGUAAGAGUAUGGUGUAUGAGUGAUUCAGUUGAAGAAUUUCAAAAUAUGAAGGAAAGAUAUCGAAACGUUACUGGACGUUCCUCUGCUUCUGGAUCAAAUUAUGAAGUUAUGUUAGGUGCAAAUUCUAAAAUUAGUAAUUCUUCCAGCACUGUGAAUGAUGUUAAUAAUUUAACUGAUGACGAUAAUUCUGUUCAAACAGUAUCAAAUGAUUCUGAUAGCAAAAAAAAGGCUAUGAAAAAUAAUGGAAGUGAUGAAAUAAUUUCACCAAAACCUUUGUGUACAUAUCGUGGUCAUACUUCGGACAUUGUUGAUUUAUCAUGGUCAAAAAGUUAUUUUAUCUUGUCGUCUGGUAAUGAUAAGACAGUCAAAUUAUGGCAUUUAUCGAGAAAUGAAUGUUUAUGUUGUUUUCAGCACAUGGAUUUUGUUACUGGUGUUGCUUUCCUUCCCAAAGAUGACAAAUAUUUUAUUAGUGGAUCAAUGGAUGGUAAAGUUCGUUUAUGGCACAUUCCUGAUAAAAAAGUUGUAUUAUGGAAUGAAGUUGAAGGUUCUAAAUUUAUUACUGCUUUAACAUUUGUCAAAAAUGGAAAAUAUAUUGUUGUUGGCACAUAUGUUGGACAAUGUUUUUUCUUUACAACGGAACAGUUACAAUAUUAUACAAUGAUUGAUGUUAGAAGUACAAAAGGAAAAAAUGCUGUUGGUCAUAAAAUAACAGGUUUAUCUGUUUCUGGUGAUAAACUUUUAGUUACAUCAAAUGAUUCUAGAAUAAGAAUUUAUGAUAUUAGAGAUAUGAAAUUAAGUUGUAAAUUUAUUGGAUCAACAAAUGACCAUUCUCACAUAAGAGCAUCUUUUUCACCUGAUGGUAAACAUAUUAUCUGUGGUUCUGAGGAUCGACAUAUUUACAUUUGGAAGACAUUAGAUUCAUCCUCAAGUAUAACAGUAAGAAAAGAUAGAAAUACAAUGUGGGAAAGGAUACGAGGACAUGAACAUAUUGUAUCAGUAGCAAUAUUUGCACCAAAACCAAACUUAUUUUUAAAAAAUUUAAUAUUUAAUGAUAAAUUAACAAUAACAAAAAAAAUUAGCGAAAAUAUUGCAAAUAAUGGAGGAAAUAUUGAAUUAAUUAAUAAUCCUGAAACAGAAUUAGAUGCAUCUGCAUGUUAUCAACCAAUAUUCAAAAGUUCACUUCCACAACAGACACCUGAAGCAUCUUCUACACCAGUAACAGGGAAAGAAAAACUUAUUAAUGGUGAUUUGAUUGUAUCAGCUGAUUUUAAUGGUUCAAUUAAAAUAUUCGUCAAUCCACCUAGAAUUAUAUCGACGUGUUCUUCAAGUUAUUUUAACGGUGAAUAA